GUUGUGUUCUGAGUUUGAAAUCGCGUGUUUCGCGAGUGUCAACUGUGAAUUGAACAAUUAACGUUUGUGAUUAGUUAAGUGACACAACAAACACAUAGGAUGUGAAUCAACGAAUGCUGUAGAUAUAGAUAAUAGUGUGCAAGGUGUAAAUAAUAGAUAUCAAAUCAAUAUCUGUUUCAUAAUUCAAAUAUUUUCCGCAAAAUGACCUAGACUUGAAUAUUAUCGUAAAAGUUGAUUUCUGGAAUCGAAUUGAAUCGUAGGCGAUAUUUUUUGCGUUUUUGUUAGUGCACUGUAUUAAUGGCUGGAAAAGCAAAUGCGUUCCUAACGUGUUCACCUAUACACCCACACCUGAAUAAACGUAUGUGUUACUCGUGAAAACAUCGUGUGAUAGCCGCGGAAUUGUUGUGACUGUCCAACAGUUUACCGGCGGAAUCGUUCCGGUAAUGUGCUGACCGCCGCCGUCGAUGUUGUACAAUAAAAAUCCAUGGAAAAAAGCUCAAUUCGAGCGCCAUUACUCAACGACUCUGUGAGCUUUUUAUUUGCGAUAAAAACAUGACUUGAAUAACACCAAAUACAUUAAAUUUGAAGUUUAUAUCUUAAGUAAUAUUGCUUUAAAUCAGUUUUAAUGUGAUUUAAAUUAAGUGCGCGUCGUAAAAAAUAAGGAUAAUGGAGGAUCCAGGACGAGUUUAUACUAUUUCGAAUGCUCAGUCGGCCAGACAAACAGUCGCCAACAAUCAAGAAGCAACUGGGCAAACAAACGGCACGCGAAGUCGAUUCAAUUUUAUUAACAUCAAGUCAAAAGGUUCAAUAUUCAAACGAAAUGAUUUCUAUAAAAGACUAUCGAUUCUUCUGUGCCUUUUAAUCCUAUUUCUAUUUAUUGGAUUAAUAAUCCUGAUUUGUAAAUUCAAAAGACAUCCAUCGGAUUUAUGUGAAUCAGACGAAUGUCUACGUUCUGCCGCAAAUCUGAAGCUAUCUAUAAAUUUAUCCGUGGAUCCCUGUGAUGAUUUCUACCAGUUUACAUGUGGAAAAUGGAGUGAUGAGCAUCCGAAUCACGGCUGGUAUCCCACUUUCUCGUCUUUUCGACUAAUUGACGAACGAAUCACAAUAGCGACAUUGAAAUUUUUACAAUCGAAUGCUACUGACGAUGAACCGGAUCCGGUCAAGGCACGUGCCCUUUACCGAUCGUGUCUGAAUGAAGCCGCCACCGAUAAACUAGGCUUCACCGUAUUACAUAAAUAUGUACAGAAAGCGGAGAUGCCCUUGGUACCAGGGUUACUCAAGGGCGAAGCUGAAGAGGGUUACAAAUUUGACUGGAUUAAAUUUUCUGCCAAGAAAAAACUGUUUGCCAUGGAUUUGGUGUUCAACUUUGCCAUUGAUGCUGAUAUUUAUAACAGGAGUCGAUAUAUUAUGUAUUUAAGUUCAAAUUUAGGAGAUUCACCAUUACCAAGUGCUUUUAAAAAAAAAGAAGACACCCCAGAAGAUGCUGAUGCUACUGACACCACAGAAGGACCAAAGAUAACCCAUGGUGGAAAAUUAGCAAUUCAAAGGGUCAUCACCGAUGUGGUCAAAAACUCAACGGAGGCUGUUGAAAUCAGUGAUGAUACAAUGUUGACAGCUAUAGAAAUACUUUGGAACAUCACUGGUGAUAUUUAUGAUAUUGUGCAUGAAAACGAAACAGAUAUUGAUGAUAUAAAUCUAGAAAAACUAAAAGUUUCAGAAUUACAAUUAACCGAUGAUUUCUUCAAAUCCAAAGAAUUGGAACCAAUGGAAAUCUGGAAACCUUACCUAGAAGAACUUUUUAAAGACAUACCAGCAACAUUUGACUUUGAAAAUGACCCGAUUUACAUCCUCAAAGCAGAAAUGGGUGAACUACAAGAAUUGGUAGCCCAUGUGGCGUCACUACCAGAACUCCACAUCGAGUUAUACUUCUGGUGGAAAGUGGUAGAGUCAAUGAUUGCUGGUACGACCUCAGAACUCAACGAAUUCGUCUACAAACAGACAAGUUAUGAAUACUGGACUUAUCCAAAUGUUGCAAGGUCAAGAUCAUUGGAUUGUGCCCAAUUGACCAGUUCAUACAUGGGUAUUGCUGUGACUUAUGGAAUAGCAGACAAAAACUUCGUCAAUGUGACCCUACCAGAAGUGAAACAGAUGUUAGCGGAUAUCAAAACAGCGUUCGAAUCAAACGUAGGGAAAAUGUCCUGGAUGGAUAAACCUACAAAAAUGGCUGCAAUAGAAAAAUCAAAAGAAAUGAUUGGUUUGAUUGGUUUCCCUGAUUGGUUGACGAAUAAAACUGCUAUUGAUGUUUAUUAUGAGAAUAUUACUCUGAAACCCACUGAAUUCCUGGAUAAUCUAAUGGGUAUUGUCAGUACGUACAUUCCAGACAUGUUAGCAACCUACAACGAAGAGAAUUACAAACAAUGGCGGACUGAUCCAACAGUAGUGAAUGCUUUUCAUUAUGUCGCUGAUAAUUCCAUUAAUGUACCACUUGCCAUUUUGACAUUUCCAAUAUACCAUUUAGGUCUUGAGGUUUUAAAUUACGGGGCAAUUGGAAGUGUCCUGGGCCAUGAACUAACUCACGGCUUUGACAACCUGGGUAAAAACUACGACAAAGAAGGCAAUAUGAUACAAUGGUGGAGCAAUAAUACCGCGAUGACCUUCGAUUGGAAAACACAUUGCUUCAUAAAUCAAUACAAUCAAUUCAGAUACGAUAGACUUAAUAUGUCUGUCAAUGGACGAUUAACUCUAGGGGAGAAUUUAGCGGAUAAUGGCGGUCUACAUCAGGCUUUCAACGCUUACCAGCUUUAUGUGGAGCGAAAUGGAGCAGAACAACGUUUGCCCGGAUUUGAAUCAUAUACAAAUGAUCAGAUGUUCUUUAUUGCCUACGGAAGCAUUUGGUGUGAAAAUACGGAUUUGAAUUCACUUAAGGAUCAAAUUGCUCAUGACGAACACAGUCCCAGUUAUGUUCGUGUUAUCGCAUCGGUGCAGAAUUCAGAAGAAUUCGCAAAAGCAUUUAAAUGCCGCAAAGGAAGCGGAAUGAAUCCAAAACGUGAGAAGUGCAAGAUUUGGUAAAUAUUUACAUUGUGAUUCUAGUGAUUAUCGUUUAUUUCUACAGUAUUAAGUUUCAAAGUGUGAUAUUAAUAUGUGCAGUACAAGCAAUUAAUCAUUCUAUUAGUAUUUAAACUAAUUAAUUAAAUUAUUAUUCAUUCUGCUUUUGUAUAUUUUUUAUUUGUCAUAUAUAUUCAAUAUUUAAAUACAAUUGGGUGAUAUUUUUAGCUAGUAUUACACUAAUUGUUAAUCUUGAUUGUUAUUCAUGUAAACAUUGUGUGAUGAUGAAUUAUUUGUGUGAGAAUAAAUAAAAUCAAUCGGAAAUUGAA